AUGACUUGGCGAUGCUGCAAAACGCCCAAACCCCCGCGAGCCCUCCCCGGUGCCGGGGGACGCAGCAGCCCCUGCAGCCUCCCAGGCACAGGCACCUAUAGAGCACCGGACCCAUCCCGGGCGACGCUCCCGAGCUGCACCCAGGCUCAGUCCCCGCAGAGCGUCUUGGCGCGACGAAGCCAAGCCAGAGACAGCGACAUCGGAGAGCGGAGCGCGACGUACCUCCGGCGUCAUCCAAGGUCUCCGGCGGGGGACGGAGCUGUGCCGAGGUUGAAUUCGCUUCAGGAACUUCAGCUGCUUGAGAUCAUGUGCAAUUAUUUCCAAGAGCAAACCAAGGAUUCAGUCCGGCAGAUCAUUUUCUCGACUCUCUUCAGCCCUCAAGGAAACAAAGCAGAUGACAGCAGGAUGGCCUUACUGGGAAAGCUGGUUUCCAUGGCAGUGGCUGUGUGCAGGGUUCCUGUUCUGGAGUGUGCUGCCUUCUGGCUGCAGCGAACCCCUGCCGUCUACUGCGUGAGGCUAGCCCGAGCCUUGGUCGAUGACUACUGCAACUUGCUGCCAGGGUCCAUCCAGACGCUGAAGCAGAUAUUCAGUGCCAGCCCUCGCUUCUGCUGCCAGUUCAUUACAUCCGUCACAGCGCUCUAUGACCUCUCUUCAGAUGAUCUCAUCCCUCCUUCGGAUCUGCUCGAGUUGAUUGUUUCCUGGAUCUUUGAAGACCCCCGCUUAAUCCUCAUCACCUUUCUGAACACUCCUAUUGCAGCCAACCUGCCAAUAGGGUUUUUAGAGCUCACCCCACUGACUGGACUGAUCCGUUGGUGCGUGAAGGCCCCCUUGGCUUAUAAAAGGAAGAAGAAAGCGUCUCUCUCAAAUGGACAUCCCCCCAGCAAAAUUGCCAAGGACUCGACUUCAGGAGAAGACAGAGAUUGCCACCAGCUCUAUUCAAAACUGCAUCUAAGUGUCCUGCAGGUCCUUAUGAUGCUUCAGGGGCAUUUAACGGAGAAGAAUCUUUAUGGGCGCCUGGGGCUAGUACCCUUUGACCACGUGGUUCCGCUCGUCGAGGAAAUGAACAGACUGUCUGACGAACUCAAUCCUCUCAAUGCAUCCAAAGAGAUUGAACUGGCUCUAGACAGACUGGCCCAGGCUUUGCAAGUGGCCAUGGCAUCGGGAGCGCUCCUGUGCACCAGAGAUGACCUCAGAACUCUGUGCUCCAGGCUACCGCAUAACAACCUCCUCCAGCUGGUGAUUUCGGGUCCAGUCCAGCAACCGACCCACGGCGCUCUCCCACCAGGAUUUUAUCCUCAUAUCCACACUCCUCCUCUAGGCUACCCCGCGCACGCCGCCCACCCGGCGCUCCCGGCUCACCCAGCGCUCCCGGCUCACCCUGUGCAAACGUUCAUACCUGGAAUGACGUUCCCGUACCGACCUAUUCGCUAA